AGGCGCAGAAGGAGGGUGACACGUACUGGUGCUAAGUCAAGUUACUGUCCCCUCCCGCCUCAGUCAGCCUUGCGUGUGCCCAGUAUUGAACAUAGUAGUGUGCGUGCGUGUGUGUGUGUGUGUGUGUGUGUGUUUGUGUCCAUCUGUCUGUGUGUCUGUGUCUCGUUUUCAUUUCAGUUUGUGUUGUUUUUUUUCUUUUAUUUUUUUUUUCUUUCGCUCUCUCCCUCUCUCCAUCCCUCCCUAAGUAAAUACACGUGCGUUCUAAGUACACACACACUCUCUCUCUCUCUCUCUCUCUCUCUCUCUCUCUCUCUCUCUCUCUCUCUCUCUCUCUCUCUCUCUCUCUCUCUCUCUCACGUGGAAUUAAAGAAAAUUUAAGAAAAAAAACUUUUACCAACCAAAUUUACGAGUUUGGGUGCCCGUAAGCAAGAAAGAGGAAGAGAAGGAAGAGGAAGAGAAGGAAGAGGAAGAGGAAGAGGAGGAAGAGGGUGUCAAUAAGAAGUUGCGUGCAGUGGUCAUAUAUUGCCGGCGAAAAGCGGGAAUAUGUGAUGUGCGUGUGUGCGUGUGCGUGCGCGCGUGAGCUGAGGCUAAGAAGACGAGGAUGAGGAUCAGCUGAUGUAAGGGAGGACCAGGCCUACACCACCACCACGAUGCUGCAGCUGCCGUUGGUGUUGCAGGUCGCCGCCAUGAUGCUGGGGGCGCUGACGGCGGGGGUACUGGCAGACACGCCAGAUGUGGACGGGGCGCGGGGCAGCACGCAGGACCUCCCCCAGUGGCUGAGUGGCGGCUUUCCCUCCCUGCAGCCCCCCUGGAACCCUCGCAGCCCCCCUGGAACCCUCGCAGCGCCACCUGGAACCCUCGCAGCGCCACCUGGAGCCCUCACAGCCCCCGCAGCAGCCGAGUAUCGAAGGCGGCGUGUCUAGGAAUGUGACAGCAGUAGUAGGGAUGACAGCUACACUGGCCUGCCGCGUCAACAACAUCGGCAGCAAGACGGUGUCAUGGAUCAGGCACCGAGACCUCCACCUCCUUGCAGUGGGGCAGCUUACUUACACCACAGACCAGCGAUUCGUGGCAAUGCACCAGGAGAAUUCACAAGACUGGUACCUGAAGAUUCGCUACAUUCAGACGAGAGACGCUGGCAUGUACGAGUGUCAGGUAUCAACCACUCCCCCGUCAAGCCAUCUCGUGCAUCUUUCUGUUGUAGAGCCGGAGACAGUGAUUGCUGGGGGACCUGACGUGUAUAUCAAUGUUGGGAGUCGUCUUGUGCUCACCUGCCUGGUCAGAUUCACACCUGAGUCACCUGCCUUCAUCUUCUGGUACCAUGACAGAAAGCUGGUGAGUUACGAGCGAACACGAAGCAGCAGCAGUAGCAUCAGCAGCAGCAGCAGCCACACCAGCAGGAGCAGGGGCGAGGGAGAGGCGCUGGAGGUGUCCAUGGAGAGGGGUGAAGUAACCACCUCCUCCUUGCUAGUUCAGGCCGCCCGUCAGUCACACUCUGGUAGAUACACAUGUACUCCAGCGAACUCCCGCCCUGCCAGCGUUAAUGUACACGUCCUUCAGGGUGACCGCCCGGAGGCAAUAGUACACGACAAUGCCCCUAGGACCCUCGCCCUUCACCCCUACCUCCACCUACUACAGCUACUACCACUACUACUACCACUACUGCUGCUACACCUUCCCCAGUACCAAGAUCACUGAUGUUUGACCUAAUUGACUCAAAUAUGUCUCUAAUUGCUUAUUAAGUGACACACGAGGCCGGAGUAGAGAAGGAGGAGGAGGAGGAGGAGGAGGAGGAGGAGGAGGACAAGAGAGAGAGAGAGAGAGAGAGAGAGAGAGAGAGAGAGAAAACAAGGAACACUUAGAUACAGAACAAACACAAGUAGCAGUAGUAGUAGUAGUAGUAGUAGUAGUAAAAAUAGUAAUAGUAAUAGUAGUAGUAGUAGAUAUAAAUAAUUUCAAGGGAUAGUUUGUCAAGGCACAGGAUAGCACAUUAGAAGACUCCUCCCCACCCACCCACGCCUUUCCUCCUACUUAAGAGAGAGAGAGAGAGAGAGAGAGAGAGAGAGAGAGAGAGAGAGAGAGAGAGAGAGAGAGAGAGAGAGAGAAUUAUGAUAAAAAGAAAUAAAAUAAAAGCAGAUAACACAGUAGAAGGCUUCACCCCCACCCCCCACACACACCCCCCCACAACCCCCACCCCCCCGCCUUCCCUCCUAAGUUAGACUAUUGAAAAGAGGAGGAGGAGGAGGAGGAGGAGGAGGAGGAAUGAAGAAUGAAGAUAAAUGAAAAAAAUAUAUAUAUACAGAACAAGGGAAAUGAGGAGGAGGAGGAGAAGGAGGAGGAGGAGGAAGAAGAGGAAGAGGGAAAGAAAACGAUAAAGAAAAAUGAGAAGAAUAAUAAUGACAAAGAACAAUAACGGAAGAAGAGGAAGAAGAAGAGGAGGAGGAGGAGGAGGAGGAGGAGGAGGAGGGAAGCACGAUAAUACAUAUAUAGAAAGAAUAAGGAAAAGAAGAAGAAGAGGAGGAGGAGGAAGAAGAGAAGGAAGAGGAGGAGGAGGAGAAAGAGAACAUUAGGAAGAAAAAAUAAAAAUGACAACAAUGAAAAAAAUAAGAAAGAAAAGGAAAAGAGAAAAGGAAAAAAAUGCUCAUAAAAGAAAACGGAGGUGACAACAAAUAACAGUAACUAAAUAAAAAAAAAAAAAAAACGGGCAAACGAAGAAAAUAAAGAAGGAAAAAGAAGAACAAAAAAAAAAAAGAAAACGAGAGAAAACGUAAAUAAUAAUAAUGAAAAAAGAGAGAAAAAGAAGAUAAUAAACGAUAAUAACA